AUGAUUGGAAUAAGAAGAAGAUAUGAGACUGUCAACAACUUCUUGAUCCUCAAACCUAACCUCAAAAUUCCAGAAAUUAAAAUAUUAUCAAAAAUUCAUUUAAUGACAACGGAAUCGAUCGAAAUGUUCAAUAUUGUCUAUGGACCAGCUGUGAUACUGUUCAUAUCGUUAGGUUUUGGGUGGUUCUGCAUGUUCAUAUUCACUUUGGUUAUGUUCCCGCCAAUUAUGUGGACAGACUUGCUGUUUGUUUCACUUUAUAAUGUUCUGGUUAAUGUCAUGUCAUUCACAACUGUAGCAAUUCUGUUUUAUUAUGGUGAGUGGACUAAGAAGGAAGCUAGAAGGACUGUUAAGCUGCUUUACAAGAUAAUUGAUGAUGUAAAUUGUGAGAAAAUUGAAAGAAAAAUGCAGAAAAUGAUUUCACAAAUUUGUGACAUGAAAGUUGAGUUUUCAUGUGGAUUGGUUGACUUUAACUGGAAGUUCUUCUUUAAGGACUUAGGCAUCAACUUCAACUACAAAAACGACCGCAAAUUAAUCACCAAAAUCAUACUUGGCAUGUUUGCAUUAAUAAUCAUUGGAUUAGCCAUCAGCCUUAGCAUAAGCAUUGCAUUUUUUAGAUUCAGUGGAAUUUCCGUGACAUUUUUGAAUUUAUAUUUGUUCGCAUGCAAGUCAAUGCUGAUUUUUCAACUAAUUUCAGCGAUGAUUGGAAUAAGAAGAAGAUUUGAGGCUGUAAACAUCUUUUUGGUCCUGGUUCCUAACCUUAAAAUUCAAGAAAUCGAAAUUUUAUCAGAACUUCACUUAAUGACAACGGAAUCGAUUGAAAUGUUCAACAUUGUCUACGGACCAGCUGUCUUAUUGUUCAUAUCAUUAGGUUUUGGAUGGUUCUGCAUGUUUAUAUUUGUUGCUGUAAUGUUUCCGCCAAUUAUGUGGACGAAAUUCAUUUUUGUAUCACUUUACAAUAUCAUUGUUAACAUAAUCUCGUUCAUAACUGUUGCGAUUGUGUUUUAUUAUGGUGAGUCGACUAAGAAGGAAGCUAGAAGGACUGUUAAGCUGCUGUACAAGAUGAUUGAGGAUGCAAAUUGUGAGAAAGUUGAGAGGAAAAUGCAGAAAAUGAUUUCACAAAUUUGUGAUACAAAAAUUGAGUUUUCGUGCGGAUUGGUUGACUUUAAUUGGAAGUUUUUCUUUAAGUUUGUGACUGCAGCGAUCAUGUAUUUCAUCAUUUUAGUUCAAUUUGAGUCGUCAUUUGAUAAGAAUCACUAA